AUGAGCUGGAGACCUCCUUCGCGAAUUGACCCACGGAAACCGGCCAGAGAUCAGACAAAGAGUCAGCAAGAGAUUUACCAAGAGCGAAAUUUGGGACGGCGCGAAAACGGAUACGCUCUUCCCCGAGAGCUACAUACAAGAGUUUUUAGGGAUGAAAGUUCCUCGACGAUCAACAGCUUUUCGACCAGGGCUGAUACGUUUUAUCAACCUCCAUCAACAAUAGUCGAUUUGGACAACUUCGAAGAUCGAGCAGAUUUCUCUCAAUUUUCAAAUUUGCCAUCUGGAAUCGGCGCCCGUCCUGGCCGCAUUUCCCAAGCCGCGACGUAUAUCUCAGACGGGGAAUUUUCGCUUCCAGAUCCGAUGUCGCAGAUGGGAUACUCUCAUGCUUCGAUUCCCAGGGAUGGCAGAUACCAGGGGCAGCCAUCCUUGCCCGUGUUUGGGAGUCGAAUUGGCAGCGAAAACUCAUUCCAGCGAAAACGCAAAAAUUCUGCUCCGAUCAGCACUUGCGUCAUCACUGGCAAAAAUAAUAACAGAAGCCAGAAUGUUAAUAGUUCUGUUGAAAGAUCAGCAUCCUCAAGCUCCCAUCGCAUCCGGCUAGAUUUGACGAUCGACAAUCAUAAUCAUAAUGCAUCAGAGUCAAUCGAUUUGACAGGCGACGAUGAGGAGGAGGAGGAAGAACUUCGCUUCAUGGAAGACUAUCCGCCAGUGCCCGAGACUCCCAAAGACCCUCCUGGGCCAAUUAUCCAGCACGAGCGCGUGGACCCGAUGAAAUUUUUGCCCUUUUUUGACCAAAACCUUGGCGUCAGUUCCGUCCUCAAAUCUAAGAACAAAAAUAUUGUGAAAUUCAACGAGCACGACGAAAUCAAAAUUAAAGUUAUUAUGGCGCGAGUUGAAGUGAUCGACGGAACGACCUACUUGCGCGACCCUUACAGUCUGUCCGACACUACAACAACUACUAUCAUUGCCACUUUUGAUGAUGUAAAAUACUGCCUGCGACACCAAGACCUUGUCAUGCUGACCGAUGUGAGAGCAGAAUACAAGUUGGCGUUUGAUACACAAGCAGAACCAACGAUGAGUGUUCACAAAAUCAUCUUCUUCAUUCACGAGCAAAACGUUGUUUUCUCCGCUUACGCUCAGCCGUUCGAGUGGAAGUUUGAGCCUGGGCCAGUGAGUCCCCAAUCCUUCUCUCGGUACCAGGAAUCAUACGAUGACGAGCUACAACUGCCAGACGCAAAGAGCUUCAACGAGGAGUUUUCCAAAACUCGCUCCGCGGGUUCAGAAGGUCUCUCCUCACCUGGCUCCUCAUCCGAAACUCAAGAGCAAGGGGAAGAAACAAUUUUGGAGAAGAGCACUUCGAACGACUUCGAUUUGAGCUUCAACGAUGCUCAUUUAGGCAAUGACAAUAUGAAUAUUGGAGAAAUGGAAACUAAUUGA